AUGGACGCCGCCAAAAGCGCAGAGGCCCGCGCGCACCUCAAAGAGCACGGCUGGGUGCGCAUCCCCUCCGUCCUUUCCCCCACCGAAGCAUCGGACGUCCUCGCACGCCUCUGGAAAGCCAAAGAAUCCGCCGAAACACGCGGCGACGACACGUUCCUCCCCUGGCUCGACCCGAACGCCAGCAACGUGCGCAUCUUCUACCUGCUCGAGCUGGACGCCAUCUUCCGCGACCUGAUCGCGCAUCCCACCGCCGUCGACAUGGUGCAGUCGGUGCUCGGCGACAACUUCCUCAUCUCGAACUUCACGGCCAAUAUCGCGCGGCCGGGGUCGCAGAGCAUGGCGCUGCACUCGGAUAUGAGUAUCGUGUUUCCCGACCCGUGGAAGGAGGUGUGGGCCAUCAAUGCUAUUUGGUGCCUGACGGAUGUUUACGCUGAGAACGGUGCGACGCGGUAUAUCCCUGGCUCGAACAAGUGGGUUACUCGGGGUGAUGUGCCGCCGAAUGCACCUGAGCUGCUCACGCCGUUUGAGGCGAAGGCGGGGGAUGUUAUUUUCAUGGAUGGCCGUGUGUGGCAUACCAGCGGCGCGAAUGUGACAAUGGACCAGGACCGCGCGCUGUUGUUUGGGUACUAUACCGCGCCGUUCAUGAGGCAGCAGGUUAAUUGGACGGCGAAGCUGCCGAAGGAGAUGCAGGAGAAAUUGAGUCCGGAGUUGAGGGAGUGGUUGGGAUUGAAUCCGAAUGCGAAUAUCGGCGCUACCGGAGACCUGAGGUUUAUGUCAGUGCAGUAUCCGGAGUAUGCGGAGAAGGAGAAGGCUGCUGUUGCUUAG